GGGAGCUGGGAAGCGCUGUAACUCUUCUUUUGUUAUUCAUGAGCAAAGGAAACUUUGUGGCAGAGCUGAAACGCGCCAGGAGCGCCAAAACAGUCGAGUUGGAUAACUUCGAUAUUUCCUGGACGGAGCUGUGAGUCUCCCGUCAACACACUGAGCAGAGAUCUGGAGCAUUAGACGAGCUGCCAGCUGCCUGUUGUGAAGUGCUGAACAACAUGCCCUGAGAAGAGUCAAUGAGUCAGUAUUUACUCAAUAAAGACUCUGUGUACUGCACUGAGAGAUUCAUCACGCAAAGGGAUUUGCAGUGGGCUGUAUAUGUAAAAGAAAGCGGGACUUCUACUUUAGCGUGUCAGACGUACCCGUGACUCCUGGGAAGGAAGAUGGCUACCGUGGGCACAGUGUCAGAGGCCUCUGAGGCCGGAGACAACAGCGAAUUCACUGACAUCAUCAAAUGGAGAUCAGAUGAACAUGAUGCCGUACAGAAAAAAACCUUCACGAAGUGGAUCAACGCGCAGUUCUCCAAGACGGGGAAGGCGCCCAUCAAAGACAUGUUCUCUGACCUGAAAGACGGCAGAAAACUCCUCGAUCUCCUGGAGGGGCUGACUGGAAACACACUGACCAAAGAGCGAGGCUCUACUAGAGUUCACUCCCUCAACAACGUCAACCGCGUGCUGCAGGUCCUUCAUCAGAACAGCGUGGAUCUGGUGAAUAUUGGCGGGACUGAUAUUGUUGAUGGUAAUCAUAAGCUCACUCUAGGACUCAUCUGGAGCAUCAUACUGCACUGGCAGGUCAAGGACGUCAUGAAGGAUGUGAUGUCCAGUCUUCAGCAGACCAACAGUGAGAAGAUUUUGCUGAGCUGGGUGAGAAACUGCACCCGCAACUAUAACAACGUCAACGUGCUCAACUUCACCACCAGCUGGGCAGACGGCCUGGCCUUCAACGCCAUCCUACACCACUUCAGGCCUCAGGGGUUCAGCUGGGAGGAAGUGGUUCAUCUAUCCCCAGUGGAGAGGCUGGACCACGCUUUCACAUUCGCCAAAGAUCAACUCAACAUUGAGAGACUCCUGGAUCCAGAAGAUGUGGCGGUGCAGUUGCCGGAUAAGAAGUCCAUCAUCAUGUAUGUGACCUCACUCUUUGCCGUGUUUCCCAAUGACAUCACGAUAGAUGACAUCAGAGAGGUGGAGACGCUGCCCAGACGCUAUAUAAGGUGGAGCACGAGGAUGGACAAUGCUGGUUUGUCUGGAGAGACGGAGGAGGUGAGCAGCACACGGCCAGAGACGCCCAGCACACUGAUGGAGGUGGACAUGGAGGUCAGUCUGGACACGUAUCAGAUCACGCUGGAAGAGGUGCUCACCUGGCUGCUGUCGGCUGAAGACACGCUGCACAUGCAGGACGACGUGUCUGACGACGUGGAGGAGGUCAAAGACCAGUUCCACACACAUGAGGCGUUUAUGAUGGAAUUGACAGCCCACCAGAGCAGCGUGGGUAACGUCUUACAGGCGGGAAACCAGCUGAUCGCUCAAGGCAACCUGAGUGAGGAAGAGGAGGAUGAGAUCCGAGAACAGAUGACACUGCUCAACUCCCGCUGGGAAAACCUGCGGGUCGCCAGCAUGGACCGUCAGUCCAGACUUCAUGAAGUUCUGAUGGACCUUCAGCAACAGCAGCUCCAGCAGCUCUCUGAUUGGCUGACGCAGACGGAGGGGCGGAUCCGUAAGAUGGAGACAGAGCCAAUAGCAGGAGACAUGGAGGGAUAUCUGGCCCAGAUAGAGCAGCACAAAGUUUUGCAGAAUGAUCUGGAGCUAGAACAGGUAAAGGUGAACUCUCUCACGCACAUGGUUGUGGUCGUGGAUGAGAACAGCGGGGAGAGUGCCACUGCUGCCCUGGAGGAACAACUGCAGUCACUGGGAGAGCGCUGGGCGGCAGUGUGUCGCUGGACAGAGGAGCGCUGGAACAAACUCGAGGAAAUUCAGCUGGUGUGGCAGCGGAUGCUUGAUGACCAGAGUUUAUUUGGAUCAUGGCUUGCAGAUAAGGAGAAGGCGUUGAGCGAAGUUCAGACCAGUGAUUUUAAAGACCCUAGUGAAAUAAAUGCCAGCGUCCGCAGAUUAACCAGUCUUGAGGAGGAUAUGGCCCAGAAGCGGAGGGCCCUGAGUGCUCUGUCAGAUGCUGGACAGGAUGUGAUGGUGCUGUUAAACAGUCCAGCCGCAUCACAGAGGAAUGAAGCAGCCACAGACCUACUGACCCAACGCUGGGACAACCUGGUCCAAAAACUAGAGGACUGCUCCAGCCAAGUAACUGAAGCGGUGUCCGUGACUGGGAUGCCCCGGGUACAGGAGAAUGUUUUCAUGGAGACAGUCACAACAGUGACAACACAGAUGGAGCAAACCUUCACCAGCAGCAAACGAGAGCUACCGCCACCUGCCCCACCAAAAAGACGACAUCUUGAUACAGACGGCGAGCUCAGGAGACUAGCUGAAACUGAUGUUCCCAAGCUUUUGUCUCAGCUGGCUGCAUGGAAGUCAUCUGCCCGAGCUGCUGAGGACACCCCCGUCCUGAAGGAAAAAAUUUAUUAUAACAGUAACAUUUACCUCCUAUAUUUGGUCUGCUUAAUAUAUUUGGUCCCAUAUCUGUAG